GUCUGUCAGUAGGAUUUCGAUUACACUUGUUUAAGUUGUGAUGCUCAUUGCCGUGCUGCGCUAUUGUGCGUGAUUGGGGGCGCGGAUUUCACGGUAUCGCGUAAUUCAGGCACAUUGAAGGACUAGAAGAUACCAAGGCCAUCGCGGAAGACAGCGCGCCGAACACGGCCCGAAGGGCCGUCUGGGACGCCGAUGCUGUAAACAAGAUGUGAACCGUUCCCGUGCAAGCAGCCGCGUCGUGCCAUAAGAUGGCAGAGCACGACUUCGACCCGCGGCACCAUCGAAAGCACUUCCACGGUAAUGCCGUCAGCCAGGAUGACGACCGGGAAGGCUGCUUUCACGAGGAAUAUGACCCAUUCGCCGGUGACGGCGAUCUAAUUGAAGACGAUUCGAACAUCUCUCUGACAGCGCCUCCGCAAUCUCAGUGGUACCAUGGACGAUUGGACCGUCAUACCGCUGAGCAGCGUCUACAAGCUGCCGGCGGUCUGGGUCGUUACCUGGUUCGAGAGAGUGACCGCAAGCCAGGCUCAUACGUGCUCUCCUACCUUGGUCACACUGGCAUCAACCACUUCAGGAUCACUGCUGUUUGCGGCGACUACUACAUUGGUGGCCGUCAGUUUGACUCGCUGUCUGACCUCAUUGGCUACUACACUGGCUGGUCAGACCUGCUCAAGAAGGAACGCCUUAUUCAGCCAGUUUCUCCGCCUGAGCCUGUCAAUGACAAGAAGCGGGCCAUAGCAGUGCUGCCAUAUGUGAAGAUGGCUGACACAGACGAACUCAGCUUCCAGAAAGGGGACAUCUUUGUGGUUCACAAUGACAUGGGUGAUGGCUGGCUGUGGUGCACCCUGCAUCGCACUCAAGAAAGUGGGCUCGUCUUCAAGGAGCUCUUGGAGGAACUGGAUGAUAAUGUAGAUCCAAACGAGAUAUACCCCUGGUUUCAUGGUGACAUCUCAAAGGAGGCUGCUGUUGAAGAGCUUGCAAAAAUGGGUCCGGGAAGCUUUCUGGUGCGACCAAGUGACAACUCACCGGGGAACUUCUCUCUGUUCUUCCACAUUAACAACACCAUUCAGAGGUUUCGAAUAGAACGGAGAGGAAACCGUUACGUCAUGGGUGGACGUACCUUUCACAGCCUUGAGGCUGUCGUGAGCCGUUAUAAAGUGGAACAAAUAGUGGAAGGCCAUGUCCUUGGAGACCCUGUGCUGAAGGCCCCUUACGAGACCUGUCACUCGAGCCGGGCUGAAGAGCUCCAGCAUCGAUCACGUGACAUUUACGCCACUCUGCGGGAGAGCCGAGAAACUGGCAUGGCAAAGCGCAGCAAGGGCGUUCGAAUGCAGGGCUACCUCUCUAAGAAAAGUGUGGGCAACAAAAAGUGGAAAAACCUGUACUUUGUCCUCAAUUCCAAAGAACUGCACUUGUAUUUUUUCGACAACCCUAGGCGGACAAAGCCAAAAGGUUUGAUUGAUCUCAGUUAUUCCUACCUGUACAUGGUUCAUGACAGCCUUUUAGAAAGGCCCAACUGCUUUCAGAUUGUGGAAAGGGCUCUUCCUUGUAUCAGCACUGUGUAUUAUCUCUGUGCCAGUUCCUCCGAUGUGGUUCGGGAGUGGAUGAGUGCGGUGGGUCCCCUGUGCGUGCCGCAGCUGGCCAAGGGGUCGGUCGGUCGAGGCCCCUCGCCAUCCGUCUCCCAAGUGCGUUCGCUCAGCCUCACCUUGCUCGAGGCUCACAGGUUGCCUGUGCGCCUUGCCCCACACCCCUUCUGCAUUAUUUCCCUCAACCAGGUGAAGGUGUGCCGCACUCAGGUCAAGUGCCCACCUGAUCCAAUCUGGGAAGAGGACUUUCUGCUCGAGGAUCUUCCGUCAGACGUCACAUCUUUCACCAUUACUCUUUACACUAAAGGGAAAAGGUCAAAAGACAUGGAAAUGGCGGAAGUUACAGUCGAGUUGGACAGCUUGGUUAAUUGUGAAGAAACGGAAGAGUGGUUUUCUUUGGGUGGCCUGACACCUCCCAUUCGUGAGGACUGGGGGUCCCUGCGUGUGCGAAUCCGCUACGUGCAUGAGGUCAUCAUGCCGCUGGCCGAGUACACAGCCUUCAAGGAGUUGGUGGUAGAUGAGGAGCUCCACCUGGUGAGCGUUCUGGCAGACUUAUGCCACAAGGAUCGCACUCCCCUGGCCAGUGCCGUGCUCCGGGUGUUCCGCUACGAGAGAAAGGAGGCGCUCCUGCUCAGGGACAUGAACAACCGGGAGAUCGACCUCGAGGAGGAGACAUCAACGUUGUUUCGCACAACAUCAUUGACGACGACGCUGAUGGACCAAUACAUGCGCUCGACUGGCCACGAGUUUCUGAAGCACACCGUUUAUGACUCCAUUAUUCGUGUAAUGGAUGGACGGCAAUCUUGUGAGUUGAAUCCUAGCAAACUGGACAGUCCCUCAGAAGCCUGUGCCAAUGCUGAGCAUUUGCUGUCAGUGCUGGAUUCGAUUGUUGAGUCAAUUUUUUCAUCGGUGGAAUAUUGCUGCCGCACACUGAGGUACAUCUGCCAUUGCCUUCAGAAGAAGGUGGCCUCCAAGUGGCCACAUGACCCUAUGGUCAAGACCAGAGUAGUCAGUGGGUUUAUUUUCCUGCGGCUUCUGUGCCCUGCAAUACUGAACCCGAGACAGUUCAACCUCAUAAGCGACACACCGUCGGAGACCUCAUCACGUAGUCUCAUACUGGUGGCAAAAUGUCUCCAGAACCUGGCCAACCUUGUUGAGUUUGGGGCCAAGGUGAGGCUGCCAUGCUCUGCAGCACCUAGACAGGGUUUCUCUUAUCGUUUGCUCAUGAUCUUAUUUGAACAGGAGCCCUGGAUGGAGGUUGUGAACCCUUUCAUUCUCAAGAACAAAAAUCGGAUGAUACGCUUCCUGGAUGAGAUUGCUAAUGUUCCCGAAAAACCUGAGCCCGAUGACACAUUUGUUGGCGACCCUGCCCGUGACUUGGCAACACUGCAUCACAUAUGUGUCAUGCACAAAGAUGACUUGCUUGCACAGAGCAACGAAAAGCCCAUACUGAAGAAAGUAAUCACAGUCACCGACAUGCUGUCCAAGCAUCGGCAGCACUAUAUGGACAAUGCAAGGUAGCCAUGGUCCAGUAACAUCUGUGAGACCUGAAAUACUGCCAAGAAACUUUCAGAAUAUUGAGGCACAAUUCACGAUCCUGGUGAUCUGUGGCCCUAGCCUACCAAACCUGCAGAAAAACAGCGUGGCUCAUCCGGGACCUUCUCUUGGCUUUAGCGAGUGACCCAUUUUUGUUAGCGCUUCACAUUUCCUGCGCCUCUCGUCCCAUUUGCCUCUUCGUAAAGUUUUUUUUUAAAUUCUUUGAUGCAGUCACUUGAACCACUAGUCUCCGAAAUAAGCCAUGUUGGGAGAACCUUGCUUCAGUAUUUUAAGUAUGUAGCACACAAUUAGUCUUUGCAAGGCAGUUCAUGAGAUUGUGAAAUAAUGCAGAGUUUAUAAGUGUGCUUCUGGAAUCGUAUGCAUCUUGGUGUAGCUUCCACAACUUGGUAACUUGGGAAUUUUUCUCAAGUAAAAAAAAAAUGAUGAUGGCCAAAAGCAAAGGUGAAUUCCACUGGUUGAUCCAGAGCACGUGUUAUGGUCUUUGUCAAAAAUUUCGCUUCACACUGGUUGAUUCAAAAACGAAUUUUCAUUCUCUAGUGGGGCUGCAUUUGAUUAAUGCACCCUGCUGAGGGUAAUUUUUUCUUGCCGUAUCUUGUUUAUGGCCGUAUAGAACAUGCCACACUUCCUGAAGGUGUUGCCUCUCAACUUUUGCAGUUAUGCGACACAUGGCUAUAUGUUUUUAAUCUGUCAGGUUUUUAUUUGUGGAGCGUGAGGCUCGAGUGUGUGCGCAAGGGUUCAAAGAAGCAGCUUUAGAACGGCCAGUGGAAUUUGCUGCAAUUUGUAGAGGUAGAAAAAUUACCAAAGUGCCAAUGUACCUGAGCCUGACCUUUGCCCUAUUGUUGGUUUCAGCUUUCCCUAGUUCCCUCUAUGGGGCAUUUUUGUGAUUAGGCUUUGUUAUUCCUUCCCUUUAGCAAUCCACUACUAUGUAAUGAUCGCUGUGAUAAGCCUUGUGCUAGCCAGAUUGUCGCUUCAUUAGCGAGUGUUUCGUGCUAGAAGUAUUAAACCCGCUUUUCCCAGGAAAAAAAAAGAGGCUGCCACAUUAUUGAGUAACGCAGUGGACUUCUACAACUAACGUUGGCUUUUUUUCUGUGUUCAGCUUCUGUAAAAAAAAAUGAAGUUGGUGUUUCCACUUUGCAUUUCGUGUACUAAGAGGGCCAGCUUUUUGUGGGCCCUGUACUUUGCUCAAGAUGGGGCCCAGUGCAAGCUUUUUUCUAGCUUGUGUGCAGAAAAAAAAUAUAUAUUUAGCAGGGCUCAGAGAGUUCUAGCUUUUGUACAUGCUAGCCAAACACUCAUACAAAAAUAUAUUGUGUGUGCGCUCCACAUUUCUAUCGCACUAGACACGCAAGACUGCAUUCCUUUGCUUCUCGAAAGGCACUUCAGUGCUGCUACUUGCUUCUGCACUCUUUCAUCCCAAUUGUUAAAGUGUUUCUUCAAACUUAGUGCUUAACUUGUAACCCGUUCUUUUUCCCAAUUGUGCUCAAGUACUAGCUUUAAUUUUUUGGCCCGAGUCUUUCCAAGUUGAAAUGUGGCUUGGUGCUCCACGAAGCCUCGUAUGUAGCAGUAUUUAGCAGAAAAUUCCUGUGCCUAACAUUUACUUGUCUGUGUUGUCGUUAGCGUAUGGAUGUGCUGCUUUCCCAUACUUGCCUCUACUGUGACGCUGUUGCAUACCAAAAUGCAGAUGCAUAGACAUUGUGUUGCGGAGUACCAUGCUAAAGACUUGAUGGUGCUUGUAAUGCUUGUAAAUAAACUGCACUCAUAUGCA